AUGUCAGUGGAUGAUGAAGUUCAGAAGGCAGUGUUUUUGGGGAGCGUUUAUGUGGCCGGCGUCUUCUGGAAUCACCAAAAUCAAUGGAACAGCUACGUCAAGGUUGUGGAUUGCUCCUUGGGAAAGAAAAUGAAUAUUCACCUUUCAACUGGUGAUCCAACUACGUUGAGAGCGAUUCCAAAACUGAAGAGAGGCGACUGGAUCCAGGUUCAAGGGUAUAGUGCCCAAGGCCUGCCCCGAGAAGACAGAGUAAUGAAAGUCAAGAUUUGUAGCUUUGGGGCGGUCUGA